AUGGCCGAAUCGCGCACGAGCGAGGCGAAGGCCGCGAGACCUGCACGCAAGCAAAUCUCCUAUACGGAGCUAGAGGAGAUUCGUAAUGCUGCAGAGAGACAAGUAGGUGAGGGCAUGAUCUACAAUGUGUGGUACAAUAAGAUGUCGGGUGGUGAUACGGGACAUGGUUUUGACUCGAAGACCAAGUCAAAAACACGUUGUGAUAUCGCACGCGAUUCAGGCUACACACGCGCCGACAAACGUAUUCGAGCAAGCGCAGGGGGCGUCUCUGAUACCACGUAUGUAUGCUUGUUCUUCGCGCGUGGAUGCUGUCCUAAGGGCGAAGAAUGCAACUAUCUGCACAGGUUACCACGACCUUAUGAGGUCUCUGAUCAGGGUACAGACAUAUUUGGACGUAAAAAGCAUGGUAGUUACCGUGAUGAUAUGGGCGGUGUAGGCUCGAUGCUGCGUGUGAACAAGACGCUCUAUGUCGGUCGCAUUAAUGAAGAGACGUCCCUGAGUUUCCGCAAGGCAGCUGCCAAUCCUAAAGAGAGCUACGAUGACCGGGGCGAAACGCCCACGUCGAAAAUUGUUCGUCGGCACUUUAGCGAGUGGGGCGAGAUUGAACAUGUCCGCGUGAUGAUUGGUCGUGGUACCGCGUUUGUCACCUACCGCUAUGAAGCGAAUGCCCAAUUUGCAAAGGAGGCUAUGAUGCACCAGUCACUCGACCACGAAGAAAUCCUCAACGUGCGGUGGGCUACGGAGGAUCCACGGGCCAAUGGCUCAGAGAAAGACGACAAAGAGCGUCGGCAACUCGGCGAAAAGCGCAUAGCUGAUAUGGAAAGCGAACGAAGAGCGCUCGAACAAGACUACGAAGAGUUGAAGAGUGACCCCAGCAUUAACUGGGACGAGUACGUUCGUGCAAAGCGGCAACGGCUGGCCCUCUCCGAAGAGGAAGCCCGACGUCUCGACGAGGAAAACCAGCGUGGUUGGGAGGAAUACUAUGCGGCCCAGAAGGCUGCCACCAAAGCGAAGGAGGCGCCUCCCUCUGUACAAAAGACACUGCUAAGCGAUGCCACGCUCAAAUCGCUUCAAAAUCUGUGCGCACCUUUAGCACCGGCCAAGGCAUCCGCCGCGCCCAAACCACCCACAGCGCUGGGUAGCCUAGCUGCUUAUGGUAGUGAUAGUGAGGAAGAUGACUAG